AUGGCAAAGGUUGGUAACAACAAUAAUGUCAAUAGCUCCAAUAGUGCGAUGCCUGAUGCCGAUGAUAAUCUUUAUCAAGAUCCAUAUUUUCGGCUUAUGGAAAUGACCGAAAAAAAAUUACGAAAUCUUGAAAAACGAAAGUUACGACUUGUUCAAUACGAAGAAGAUAUAAAAAAUGGGAAAACGUUAACAGAAGCCCAGCGUGAAGCUCUUUUGCACAUCUCCGAGGUUGAAAGUCAGUUGGAAUACUUCAGAGAUAUUGGAAAAAUUAUUCCUACCAUGUUGCAUGAUUACAACCGUGCUAAAAAAUUAAGGCAUGCUGAAAAUGAUAGGAAAUUAUUAGCCGAUUUUAUAUAUUCACAAAAUCUUACAAAAGUUAUGCAAAUCGCUGAAAUUAGAGAAGCUUAUGUGAAGUUUAUUGAUGAUGCUGAGAAAGCUUCGGAGACCUUAGCUGCUAUCGAUGAGUGUUUCCAGUGGCUUAAUCCUCAGCUAAAUCCGUAUGCCUCAAAUGCAGAAUGGUAUAAACAAUCUGAAGAUCUGUCGCAUCGAAUUGUUUCAAUAAUAAUUGGCACAAAAGAUAGAUUAUUUGGCAAAAAAUCAGGAGCGAAAUUGAAGUUAUUGUUAGAUUCUGUUAGCACAAGCGAUUUUAUCAAAUGUGAUCUCCAAAUGAAAGCAAGUAAAAAUGAGAAAUUGUCUAUGGAGUCUGAUGAAAUACCUAGAAACGUACUUGAGAAUGAUUCAAAGGUCGUUUUUGUCCAGGGAACUGGUAACUCUGCUCACAUAGAUUUCGAUCGAAUUAAAGGACCGGAAUUCGGUUACGAAAGCACUACAACCCAAAUUAUUCCUAUUUCUUCACCUCAGAUUCAAUUAUCAGUUGAUGCCCAACAAAAUGGAAUUCAUCCCAUUGUCAGCGUCGAUGUUCAAGAUAAAAUUUCCCAAGAACAAGAGGUUGGGUUUAUUGCAAUUUUCCAAAGUUUGUUUUGGGUUUAUGUUCUAAAACUUCGUUUUAUUGGAAGGCCGUAUCCCCUAAAAGUGAUGUUUUAA